ACGAUCCCCCAAUGGACUACCAUCGUGUAGCAACACACCCCUCGUGGUCGAAGUCCGCCUAAUGUGACGCUGGAAAACUCAAAUCCUAUACUUCAAGUUUCAAAGGUCUCUGAAAAGAGGGAAAAUGUCUGAGAAGGUUGUCCUGUAUUAUUUCAAUGGGAGGGGAGUAAUGGAAUCAAUCAGAUGGCUUCUUGCAGCCGCGGGAGUUCAGUUUGAGGAAGUACUUCUGACAAAAAGGGAGCAGUUCGAAAAACUCCUGAAUGAUGGAGCUCUGAUGUUUCAGCAACUGCCCCUGGUUGAAAUUGAUGGCAUGCAGCUUGUUCAAAGCAAAGCCAUAAUGAAUUACAUUGCAGGAAAAUAUAAUCUCAAUGGAAGUGGUCUCAAAGAGCGUGCCAUGAUUGAGAUGUACUCUGAAGGGCUAAGAGAUUUGAUGGAGAUGAUAAUGAUACUGCCAUUCAAAAAAACAGACGAAAAAGAGACCCAGCUUGGUGUCACUCAAGAAAAAGCCAAAAGCCGUUAUUUCCCUGUAUAUGAAAAGGCUCUCAGCGGUUCACAGUACCUUGUGGGGAGCCAGCUUAGCCGUGCUGAUGUCCAUUUAAUGGAAGCCACUCUGAUGCUGGAGGAGAAAUUUCCUACUAUUCUUUCCACUUUCCCUAGUCUGAAGGCAUUCCAGGACAGGAUGAGAAGCCUGCCAACAAUCAACAAAUUCCUCCAGCCUGGAAGUCAGAGAAAGCCCCAACCAGAUGAUGCCUAUCUGAAAAACGUUACUGAAGUCCUCAAACUUCAGCUAUCGUGAGAAAAAAUGUAGCAAUACUCUGAGCAAGAUUGAAUAAACAUUACUGUAUAUACAGCAGUCAA